GAUACACACGAGAAGUGCGUGACGUCACGAAAAAGUCCACAUGCUGUAUUGCCCAACAUUUGUAAUAUUGUUAUUGAUGCCAGUGAUUGCUUAAAUGGCUUCUACAAAUAAUCAAAACAGUGCCCCCGAUUCUUGGGAUUCAGAGAUGAAUGAGGAUCAAGCUGAUGAUAAGUUAAACAAACCCAUGACCGCCCUAAAUAUAAAUGCACCUGCGUUCGUUCCCGGACAGAAUCCAUAUGCAGUCAGUUUUGUGCCUUCCGGUGAGCCAGAAGAUGCCGAUACGCCUACAGCUGAGGGGGCAAAACCGCCAACAGACACUGAAAUGGCUGUGGAUGAAGAUGAAGGUGGAGGAAAAGAUAAUCAAGAAGUUGCUGAUGACUGGGGCGCAGAAGAAGAAGAUGAAGAUGAUGAUCUAGAUGAUGAUGAGGAUGAAGAAGGGGCAGAUGAGAAACCCAAGAAACAAUCUGUUUCGUCGGAACCAAAAGUCAAAAAGGCUCAUAUGAAUAUUAUCUUUAUUGGCCAUGUUGAUGCAGGGAAAUCAACAAUAGGAGGACAAAUUCUGUACCUUACUGGUAUGGUAGACAAAAGAACUCUGGAAAAAUAUGAGAGAGAAGCAAAAGAGAAAAACAGAGAAACUUGGUAUUUAUCAUGGGCAUUAGACACAAAUUUAGAGGAGAGAGAAAAGGGUAAAACAGUUGAGGUAGGAAGAGCUUACUUUGAGACAGAAAACAAGCAUUUUACCAUCCUUGAUGCUCCAGGACAUAAAAGUUUUGUACCCAAUAUGAUUGGUGGUGCCUCACAGGCAGACAUAGCUAUUCUGGUGAUAUCUGCAAGAAGGGGAGAAUUUGAAACAGGGUUUGAGAGAGGUGGUCAGACCAGAGAACAUGCUAUGUUAGUAAAAACUGCAGGAGUCAAGAAACUAGUAGUUGUUAUAAAUAAAAUGGAUGACCCAACAGUAGAGUGGGCGGAAGAAAGGUACAAUGAAUGCAAAGAUAAACUUAUUCCAUAUCUAAAGAAGUGCGGCUUUAACCCUAAAACAGAUCUAAUAUUUUUCCCAGUAUCUGGUUUAACAGGAGCUUUUCUACGAGAUGUCCCUCCGGAAGAUCUUUGUCCUUGGUACAGAGGACCUUCAUUAAUUCAAUAUUUAGAUGGACUUCCAGCGAUCAGUCGAGCAUUAGACAAACCUUUCCGUAUGCCAGUUGUAGACAGAUAUAGGGACAUGGGAACCAUUUUAAUAGGAAAAGUAGAAUCUGGAAUCUGCUCCAAAAACCAGAGUAUGUUACUCAUGCCGAACAGGAUAACAGUAAAGAUUAUGCAGUUAUGGUCCUAUGAUGAGGAGACUGAUGAAGUUCAUCCUGGAGAAAAUGUCAAAUGUAAAGUAUCUGGAAUAGAAGAAGAGGAUGUUUCACCUGGCUUUGUGAUAUGUGCUUUAGAUGCCCCUUGUAAUACAGGUAGAAUAUUUGAUGCAAAGAUAGUGAUAUUGGAACACAAAUCAAUCAUCUGUGCGGGAUAUAGUGCUGUGUUACAUCUUCAUACUGUAGCGGAGGAAGUGACCAUCAAAAACCUCAUAUGUUUAUUAGACAAAAAAACUGGUAAAAAGACUCCUACCCGAUUUAUAAUGCAAGACCAGAUUGGUAUUGCUCGAUUCCAAGUGAACGCUGGCAUGAUAUGUAUGGAGACCUUCACAGACUUUCCCCAGAUGGGCAGAUUUAAUUUACGAGACGAAGGUCGAACCAUAGCUAUAGGUCAAGUAUUAAAAGUAAUAGAAUAAACAAUAACUUAGGCCAUUUACCAAAAUUGAAGACAACUACAUCGCAUCUGGAUACGGAACACUCUGCUCAUGUAUAAAUGAAGAUAUAAACGAUAUAUUCACUGCAUUGCUGGUGAAAACUGCUGCAGCUCUGAAUUUCAGCGAUUAUGAUUUGGUGCUUUAUGUUCAGUGUUGUGUCGAAUGCAAUUCUUAAUCAUGUUCAGUUUUCGCGGGGAAAAAAUUACAAGCUAAUGAUAAUAAACAUCUGCGAGCGUAUGUGAUUCAGCUAUUAAAAUAUAUUGGUAAUCAUAUGCAAUCAUACAUUGCAAAUCGGUCUAAUCAGCCAUUAUGAUUGUGUUAUAACAAAUUAAAUCAUGCACAUUCAGAUCUGUUAUAUAAAUCAGACAAAAUAGUGAUCAACUAUCACACACUGGCAAGGUUUCAUAUAGGUGUAAGUAGGCUGAAGUCUCAGGUACUGCUUCAAAGCAACCGUCUACCAUGUGUUCACCAUUGACUACAGAAAUGCUUACAUACCAAUGAUUUUUAAGAGUUUUGUCCCUUAGCUUACAGAUUUGUAUUUCGAGACCUUUAUCCUGUUCUUAAAUAUUCUGUUGAUGAAAGGUCCUAGCUUUGUUUAGAAUUGUUUUCUAAUUGAGCUAUAAAACAACAUAAGUAUAUUGUUAAAUUAUUGUCAAAGUAAUAUUCAUGAGAUUAUAGAUAGUGGGUUAAGACAUGUGUUCUAUUAAUUUUGCCUUCCCUAUGUCUUUGUGAUAUAUAGUUAAAUAAGUUAUGCACAAAUAUUGAUGGUGGUAAUAACUAUUAUUUCAAAAGUAUGAAAUCUCCCGAAGUAUCUUGCAAACUAUUUUAAAAUCAUAGCAAGAAUCAUUAGAAAAGUAUCUAAAGGGCAUUUUAAUUUUAACCCUGGUCAAAUACUGUUUUUAUGGCCUAAAAUCAAUUUUUUGAAAAUUCGUUUUUUCCUAUUUAUCAAAUGAUUUUUUUUCGAUCUGAAGAUUGCAAUUUUUUAUUUGAUUCUUUACAUAUGUGAUAAAUAUUCACUUUGCAUUUAGAUAUUUAGAUGAUUUUCCUAUUUUUAUUAGAAUAAAUUAAAUUUUAAAAAUUUUAUCCUUCAGAUAUUUAAAACUUGUAUCAGUAUUUCAAUUUAUUACUUAAAAAGAUGAAAUAAGUGUUCUAUAUUUUAAUCGCUACAGCUUUAGAUUUGUCCAUAUAUUGUGUUGCAUUAUUUGUUUUUCUCUUUUUGUAAUAAGUUAAUUGAAAUGAUGCGAGCAAUGAUGACUUCAAACAGUAAUGCUGAGUCAUUGUUAAAGAUUUUGAAACAAUUACGAUUGUCCAGUAAGUAGAAAUGUUAAGGAAAGAAAUUAUGGUUUCAAAGACAUUUACUGCCUGAAGUAUUAAUGGAGUAUUUUCUACAUUUUGAAAUUUCUAUUUUAAAGGCACAUUGAUAGGUGGGUGGUGGGGAUAGCAAACAAAUAAAUUUAAGAAAUUGCAAUUUCAUAUAAAUAGAACUUAGUUGUUUUUGUUGGUUGACAAAGUACCAAGUUGUUUUGUUGAUAGAUUUGCAGAUAUAUGACAGUGCAUGUGUAACUUUGUUACAUAUAAUGUAUGUGUGUGUAAUAGAAUUACACAGUAUGUGUUAACACACUAGUGAUAUUAGCGUGUUACAAUGGAGAAUUAGUCGAGUUUGUAGGAAAAUUUUGAUGUAUAUACGAAAAAAACCUCUUUGUUGAAUAAAUGUCACUGCUCAACCUUCGGAAAUUAGGUUGUAUGUAAAAAAAAAGAUCAGAAAUCUGUGCUAUGCCCAAAAUAGUGCUCUUUGUUUAUUUAUGUUAUGUUUAAAUGUUUAUAAUAUUAUAUUUUUUUCCCUCAUGUAAAUCAUUUAUUUAUGCAGUUCCUGUCAUGUGUGUUCAGGACAGCACACAGUCUUUUUAACUUUAAACCAAUUUUAUGAAUAGAUACAGUUUGUGAAUAAAUUGACUCAGUUUGCAACAUUUCUCGACUAUAUGCUGAUGUUUAUUAAAUUCAGAACACCAUCUCUCUAUAUAUAUAUGUAGAUCAAUAUUACAUGAUUAGAUGAAUAUCAUACUGUUACUGGCGCCAUCUAGUGUAUGAGAUGAAUAGUACAAGGUAUCUGGCACCAUCUACAUUAGAAAAUAAAUAUUGCGUGGUUCUGAGUACCAACUAUUUUACAAUAUUGUUAUGAUUUAUCAAAGCAGAUUUUAGGGGUGUCUGUGGCCAAAUGGUUAAGGUCAUUGACUUAAAAACUUGAACUUAAACUUGCCUCUCACUGCUGUGGGUUUAAAUCCUGCAAUGGACUUCAGGUUCUUCCAUGUGAGGAAGUUAUCCAGCUAGCUGGUGGCACACCAGAUGACCUUUAUAGUGUCGUGUGACUUGGAAAUCCAACAAAACAACAAAGCAGAUUUAAAGGGAGCUUCUUAAUUUAGGCAACCAGAUUUUUUGCCCAUAAGUCUUUAUAUAUUAUGCAUUCAGUAUUGAGUUAUACUCACUGUAAUCAGUGUUUUAUGACACUGUUUGGAAAUGGUUUAUGUUUGCCCAAUAAAGAAUUCUUUAAAUUUAAGUUGUGAAAUUAGGUAAUUUGGAAACAAAAUUGCAACAUAUUCCGAAUCUGUAAAUUUGUAACAAUUUUCUACUAAUUGGGAACAGGUCUUUCACUAGGACCAUCUUAAGGAGAAAAGGACAUUGGUAAUCAUGUCCUUGACAUUUAUGUGAUUUUGUCUGCAAUAUUUGCUUUAACCUUGUUUAUUUAGCAAAAUUCCAUAAUUUGCUAAUUUAGUUAUGUUAAAAGUUAUGAUUAAGCUAAAGCCUAUAAUGUGUUGAAGCCUAUUCCUUUGUUAUGAAAGAAUUAUCUGUAUGUUAUAUAACCUAUGAAUGUUAUUUAUAAAAAAAAGACAAUGAACCCUGUAGAAGAAAACUUAGAAUUUUUUUUGCUGGCUGAUUUCUGAAUUUAUUGAUUUUAAAUGUUAUUACUUUGAAAUAUUUCAUAACAAAAUAAGUAACGCAUAUCGUAAAGGGUUUUGUUUAUUUUACAAAAAAAACGUGCAAUGGUGCAAUAUGAGAGUUGUUGAUCUAUACAUGCACAUUGUUUGGUUAUAUCAAAUCAAACCUUUAUCGUCAAAUGUAUUCUGUGAUUUUGUUUUAAAACAGGUUACUACUGAUGUGAAGAUAACAAAUAAUUCAGCUGUAGCUGAUGAUUUUAUAGUUUAAGAUAAUUGAUAAAGAUUUUUUUCUCUUGUUGAUUUUUACAUAUAUUAAGAUUAGAGCGCCUUAGGAUUUUCAAAAGUCUACAAAUAUACGACCAAUUACAUUAUGAGUCAUUUACCACAUCUCAAAUCAGCAUAUGCACGAAGUGUGUUGAGAAGUCAGAGCUAGUGUAAGAGUAUGGUUGCAAAAAGCAAACUGUAUAACUGGAUAAACUGUAUAUUUUUACCAUAAAAUGAUGAAUAAAUGUAACUGAAAUACAUGCUAUGUACAGUUAUUUCAAUAAAAUAGCAAUUAAAUUUGACAAUGAU